AAUCCGGGUAGAGAUCUCCUCAUCCAGUCCGAGUUUCUCGGUGAGUCCGGGUCCAUCUGACUCCCCGACUGAAAGAAAACCAUCUGACUUUUUACGACCUGCAAACAUCCACCUGAUUCCAUUGUCAACUCAUCUCCUCAUCAUUAUCAUGGACUCGAGUCUUGCCAAAUAAUUAAAAACUCUCAUCACAUCAUAGUCGUCGUCACCUUGCAAGAAUGUGCAUAAAACGAGCUGACGAGAAAAGGUACUCACGCCGAAUUUGAAUGAUUCACUCGCAUGGAAUUUAACAGUAAGUUGAGAAAAAAAGUUGAGCAACAAAGUUGUAUAGUCGUCGUGUUACAUACACAAAGGAAAUAGAGACAAGGUGCGACUGGGGCAGCUUUUUUGGACGUAUAUUCAAGACGACCAGUGUAUAUCUGUAUGUAUCCAUUCUGACUUUAACACCGGGUUGCUCACAAAACAAAGUGUGGUGUACACUUACUUAUUUUUCUAAUACCCACAGACUUCUACAUCGCAUUGCAUUAUUGUUGUAUUAUUUAUUACACGGCAGACGGAUACACACACUACUGUGAGGAAUAUAGAAUGGCAGAAAAAAAGUAAAGAGCUUUCGGCUGUGUGAAAUGUUUUGUUGGCUCGAGAGAUGUAAAAAGUGUCAGUCUGAUUCCGGCAAGGAGGAGUAAGCAGUCAUCAUCAUCAUCACCACCAUCCGGUGUUAUUAUCAUCUGACAAAACACGGUGGGUUAUGGAUGGGAAGAAUAACAUUUCGGAGAAGUGCAGAAUUAGUAAUUACAAAUUUGACUGGAAACAACAAGGGGCAAGCGGUUAAGUGGUGCGUGCAGCAAGUAGCGAAAAUUGGUUCAUGUGACUUUAUCCUGGAAACGUUGAAUUUGUGAAGGAAGUUGCUGCAAAAAUUAAACUGGGCUGUAUCAUCAAGAACUCCAUACACUCUGCUAAGCAGAAUCUGCUUCCCAAAAACAUGGAAAUGUAAAAAAGAUCAGAUUUCUCUCAAUCCUCAUCGUCAUCCAUCAAAACAUCGAGCUGGUGACAUUUAACAAGGGAAACAAUAGUGUAUCCGUGUCAUCGAUAAUAGUCGCCGUUUCUUCGUCGUCACAUCCAUCAACCGACACUGGACUCGCCACCGUCACCCUUGAACGGUCAUCCAUCUACCAGUACACAACUGCCCACCACGGCUACACUUUAUUUAAUCGGGGAUGAAGCAUGGAGGUGCAUUUGAUACCCUGUCAAAAGUUGAUGUUGUUGUCGUUGCGAAUUAACUCUUGUGAGGAGGAAUAAUAUAUAUAUUUGUAUAUUAUUAACUAACUUGGGGGACGACUAGAAAGAAUGGAUUUAUCACCAAUAGACCAGACCACCCAGCGUUCCCAUUUCCCCUUCCGGUUACCUUGUUCUUUGAGAAAUAAUGGAAUUUUAGAAACGUUGGUUGCGAAAACCAAAACCACAACUUUUGCUUUGCUGCUGUCAUUCAUCCAAGACUAUAAACGACGAGUUGACAGUCCAAUUCCUAGUAUUUCAAUGAUUUGCUAUACUGCUAUCAUUCGGAACUAAGGUUGACACCACCCUUCCCCUCCUCCCUCAGGACGAAUAUUGGAGCCUGUUCCAAAAUGGCUGAUGCGGCCAUAACGAACUGAUUGUGACCUGAAUCCCUGUCCGUCGUCGUCGUCGUCGCUCUCAUUAUGCGAUUCAACAAGCAAGAGCUCCUGACCCUUGCCUCCCAACCAGCUCACAAGUAUGAGAAAGAGGGCGUUCUUCUCCUCAGGGAAAAGUCGGACAGCUUUUUUCGCAGGAGUGAAACAGGACGAAAAUCGACGGGGAAACGGGACUCUUUCAGUUGUGUCGGACCCAGUCCCCAAGCUUUAACGGAGCGAUGGUUUCGUCUCUGUGGGAAUUUCCUCUUCUACCUCCGAAAUUGUGAUCACUGGUCGGAACCUCUGGGUGUGAUUGUGCUGGAAAAUUAUGGCGUGGCCCUGGGGACAGAGGCGACUUCGGGGAAAGUGGCACAACACCACUUUUGCUUCAACAUUGCUUUCCAUUCCGGCGGUGUGAUAACCCUGGGUGCGUCCACCGAUGUGGAGAGAACCGCUUGGAUGGAGGCUCUCGGGGCAGCAUCCUUCUCCGCGAUAAGGGCACGGGUGGAGGUUAUCAAGGCUGAAAUCCAGGCCAGGUUAAGUCAUGCAUAUUCUGCAGAAACGUGUUCAAGAAAAGGAUCCGCUGUAUCUCCGAUCAAGAGUUGCGGAUAUGUAGCAGAUGUGUCCGAGUCACCCAUUUGUGAAAUAUCCUUAUCUGCUGAUAACCUCUUAUGUGAUGUACAUGGUCGAGCCCCAUCCCCCAAAGUGGUUGUACACGUGAGGAACUUGAAUACGGGGUCAUGGGUUAAGUACGCCGUGACAGAAAUUGUCCAUCGGUCCUCCAACCCCGUGUUCCUCACCACAAUUUCCUUCCGUGGGACUGACGGUCUCACAGAGAACUCCGAAGUGCGGUUCACCAUUCAAGACGUUCGAGAACUGACUACCAGCACGGUGACCGUCGUGGGUCACCUCGCCCUUCAACUCGGCUCACUGAAAUCCAUUGAGCGAAUUCGCCUGCCCAUCUCACCUCAGACAGCUAGUAGUCACCGAAGCAGUAGUGGUAGCAGUAGCAGUAGCGGCACGAACCACCACACCCACCCCGGUUUCCUCACCCUCCUCUGCUGGAACUUGGAGCGAGAGGAGCGAUCUUCCACGGAAAGUACACCCUGCAGGCCGAAUCCCAUCAAAUACGACGCCCACCAUCACAACAAUCCCCGACACAGCCACAUCGUCCUGAGUUCAUCGUCAUAUUCCCACCGGCGGACGCAAUCCCUCCCACCAAAAUUGGGAUGCAAAUUGAAGAUUCCACUUCAAAAUAAUUUUGGACAUCUCUUCUCCAACCCGUACAUGGCGACAUAUCGCUUUCACUCCGGUCUGGGAGGAGACAUAUUCUUACACGAAGUCAUGGCAGAAUCCAAACUUUGCUUUAGUUUUCCGCAACAAUUACUCUCACUCUGGAUCGCGGAAGAGAAGGAACUCCUCCAAGAAAUGAUUGGCUUAGGUGAACUACGCGAACCCUGGCACUCACGUCAAGUGCAGAUUCUGGAACGACACCUCUGGCUCAUUAAUUUAUACACAAGCGCUCGACAGAAUUUACUCAAUCAUGGUCAUCAUUCUUCCGGAAGCUCGGAUUUUCGACAAUCAUCAGCAAAAGGAGAUCCCACCCAUGAAUUUGUUCCCUUGAAUUUACAUCUCCAACGGAUUUGGGCACAGAACGAGUCCUUGCACAAGAGUGGAUUUCACGACAAUUUAACCUGUGGAGCCUUUACUGCAUAUGCACAGGGCUAUGAAAAUGGGGGGCUGAUCAAACUUCUCCAAAAUUACAAGUGCCAAGGAGAUCGGAGCAAGGGAGGCAGUGUCGGGUGGUACUCAUCCAACAAGGUGAACAUGACAUAUGACUCGGUUCAAGGGAUAAAACGACUCAGGAAAGAAAUUGUGGAGCGAAUGCAAAUUAUCAUGAGAUUGGCCAAGGAGCGACGGACUACUGGGAUGCACAAGUUUGUUGAAGAAAUCUAUCACCGGUGCCGACUUCUGCUCUCUAUCUGUGAUCAAACCCUCAUUGAAGAAGCUUUUGACUUUUUCGAAAGACAAAAGUUGUCACUGACCCCAAAUUCUUGUUCUGGAUAUGACACUCUAAACACCGAGACGGAAUUCGAUGUGGACUCUCAACAGGAGAAGCAAGGACACAUGGUGGAUGAAGGCAUUGACACGCCAAACUCUCCGAUGCGCUCGAUUGUGGAUUUAUUCAAGAAACGAGCUGCCGAGAAUGGAUGCAAGGAUUCUGAGGAUAGAACACCCGACUCUGGUGUCGGCAUUGACGAAAUUGUGAAAUCAUUUCUAGAUUCCCCAUCGUCCAACUACUACCGACCCUCUGAAGAGCCAGAGCCCUGGGAUUUGACUCAACUAAAUAUUGAAGCAAGUGUGAUCAGUCUUAAUUCCAAGGUCAAGGUGCUUUGUGGUCAGGGAGCUGAGAUAGAACACCAUUCUCUUCGUCCAUCUGCCCUCAUUAAUCGCGUCCACUCAGUUCAUGGUCCACCCGGUGGCGCUCCUCUCUUUCGUGGAGGGGAAGGGAUCCAAUGGAGAAAGUCAUUGCGUGAGGACUCUUCUUCAGGCAAUGGAUUGAAGAUCAGUUUGCCUCCUCCAGCCCAUCUGAAUAACAACAACAGCAACACGGCUGCAAGUACAAUGAUUUACUCGAGUUCUACCAACACCACGGACUGGUCAGAAGAACUACGGUCUUCCAUGAAAAAAUUGCGCCUGGCCAUGGACGGUCUACUGAAAACGUCACGACUGGCACACUCGAUAUUUCGAUUGCAAGAAGAUAAUGAAAAAGCACAACUAGGAUACAUUGUUAAGUAUCGGAGGGAUGUUUGCUUCUCUCAUGCGUUAACUUGUCUUGUUACCGGACUCAUGGGACGGCUUUGGUGUCGCAAGACGGAUCCAUCUUUCCUCUACAUCCUCACACGACUGGGUCCACUCGUUUCAUUCCACUCUUUCCUCACUUGCUUCUCCAACGAGGCAGAAAUGUUGAAUGACAUGGUCGUGGCAAUUGAGGACCUCAAAACGGUAGAGUUCGUCUUGGUAUUGAGUGCUGGACGUGAAGAUGGUCAGCAUCCCACCCCAAAAGUGCAUGGGUCCCGAAAUGGACUCAAGGUCCUUCUCCCGGUGCAGGAAGCCGUCUUCUCCAUGCUGCCUGUCGACUCUUCCCGUUCUACAAGCUUUCUCGUUACGCCCGUUCUCUUCAACAUUGGUAUCAAUGAGCAAGCCACCGUGGCCGAGAGGUUGGCCAACAUGGAGCCACAAGAAAAAGGAAAUCUCGACAACUUUGCAAGACUCAACGAAUACUACAGAAGGUUUAAAAAGUUGACACUUCCAGUCAAGUUUACUUCAAAAAGAAAUCAAGUGGCUGAGCCUAACGUGGACAUUUUGCUGGACAAAAUGCACUCUGAGUUAUUGUCCAAGAAGAAAAAGAAUGUGGACGUUAUCCACUUUUCUGCUCAAAUCUGUCGAGCUCUCAUGGGUCUUCGAUUCACAAAUUGUAAAAGUGGGAAAGACCGAACGUCAAUGUCGGUGACACUGGAACAGGCUCAAAUCCUCAGUCAUGAAUAUGACUUGGCCGAGCAUGAAUUCCAAUUGGCGCUGGACGCUAUGCGAAGUGAGGGAUGCCGGAGAGAAAACACACUGAAAAAUAUUGGCCAACGAAAAUAUGCGUUCAAUAGUUUACAAGCUUUUGCACUUCCGAAAGCCUAUCGACCUCCACCCGGAACUUUUGGAAAUGUCCAAACAUAACGAAAUCCAACUCAUCGCUCAAGUCAUUAUUAGAAAAACUAUCAACAUCUGUAUCUAACACUUAUUCGAAUCUUGGCGUUGUUGAAAUACUCCAUGUUUUUGAGCCCCUACUUGCCUACGAGUAUAAUAACCAAAUUAAACCAGUAUUAUUGCCAACUACAAGUAAUAACUAAUACGUAUUACGAGUACCCAAAUAUCCGAUAAUCUCAUUGAUUAAACAUUACACAAAAUCUCAGGAGCCAAUAACCAAAUCCAUAUUAAUAAUUUCUAGUCAGAGUUUUCAAAGUCAAACUAAACUUUUGCUUCAUUCGUGUUUUUUUCUUAAAUUUUGUACUUAGGUUACAACUAAUUAUUUGCCUUCCUCAUAUUUAUUUUACUAUACAUUCUGCCUGCAGCAUUUAUCUAAUACACGGAAAAGUACAACACUUUAUAUGUUAGGUAAUACUUAUAACUUGUUUAAAGCCAUUUAGCUUUGCAUUUAUACAAUUUUUGCUAUUAUUCAGUAGUACUAAAUCAACAUUGUAUUAUCAUGGUACAUCUGAUAUAUAAUUUAAUACAGAUAGCAAGGGUUGAGUACAUUUUAAUGGUACGUGUUCAGAUAAAUAGGAUGGAACAAGACCCUGAUUAGAGAAGAAAAAAAACAUAUAUCAAUGUUUUUACCUAUGUUACUUCUUGUUACAAAAUGGAAUAGGAGAACGACACGAUUGCAGCAGGUAUGAUGCAGAAAAACCAAGCAGACAGCUAAUCCUAAGUGUGUAAUAAUAGUAAUAAUAAUAAUGAUAAUUUAACUCGUUUAAAAGUAUGUAACCAGCAACAAAACUACAAAGCACUAAUUGAUAGUGAUACGUAUUUAUUAAUUAGCUACCUCAAAGCAAAGUCUUUCCCUUCCUGAGCUAAAUACACGCCUACCAAACCACUUAAAACUAAAACCCCCUUUUCUCAUUUCCAAAAUGAGACGUAAUUUGAUGGCUGGACUUUCUCUUGUAUAUAUCUUCCCAAUCAUAUUGAGAAUCCCACUUCCUCAUUUCACUACCUUGAGUCCCUUCUACCUUUAAAUUAUGUAGAUUUGUUAAAAAAGAAUGAACAUAAAAUAAGCAAUGAUUGCUGACGAUGAUUAUGAUGAUGAUACCAAACCGAACUUGAGUAACGAACUACGACAGUGGAGCAAUAAUUGUAACUGAUAUGUAUUUAUGGUGACGAAGCAAAGUACGAAAAAUCAAAUAACUAUAAAAAUACGGUUGUGCAACGUAAUAAUACAAAAAUAAUAAUAACAACAACUAAUAAUAAUUAGGUAAUAUAUUUAGAAAUAGUAGAGACAUUAGUCACCUUCCUUCACCUGCUGCAUAGACUUUUGAAAAGUUUAUGUCAUCCAUCUUGAUAAGAAAUGUACCUGUGCCAUCAACAAAAAAUGUCGUCAAGAAGAACACACACACACACACACACGAUGACAAUGUGAGAAAUUGAAUAAAAAAGUGUAAUGUUGGAAAUAAAA